AUGUGGAGAAGAUCGUCCAACACUUUGAUAUCAUGGACUGGUGUGGAGCGGGAAGGGAAGAUUACCUAUCCCUUAUUUAUGCCGUGGCUCUGUUGCAUCCUUGCCCUUCCCGACAGCAAUGGAUUCCAAGAACGAACCUUUAGUGCGGCGACUUGGAUGGACGGAAUCCUCAAUGCUCUGCAAGGUGACGUCACCUUCCAAAUGAAGGUUCUCGUCUACAAGAAUGCCGAGUUCUUGCGGAAGUACCGCCAGUACUUGAAGGAGGGCUAUCUGGAUAAGGCAAAGGAAAAGAUCAAAAUGCUAUUGAGCAACACUACUGCGGAUAUGAAGUCAGAUGAGAUUACGAGUGACAUGGAAGAUAUGCUUGAGGACCUGGGUUUGUUGGAUGGUGACGAUUAG